ACAGAGUGUGCAUAUGGGGAGCGGCUCUGAUGGGACUGAAGAUUCAGACUCUUCUGCUGAGCGGGAACAGACAAACAGCUCAGAGAGUGAUGGAAACAUACCCAAGAGAACACGCCUCACAAGAGCAUCUCUGCGCCUCAGCCAAAGCUCACAAGGUAAAGCCAUGGGAUGGAUGCUUUAGGUGUGAAUCAAAACCUACAUUUCAACUGAAAUAUUUAGGCUAGCUAACAAUGAGACAGUCACCUGUCUAGGAGACCUUGUGAGGGCUAAGAAUUGCUAAAAGAUUCCAUUAUUGUAUCCUACAUUGUAGGGUGUCCACCCACCAGGGUUUCUGUUAGGAAAAUGUGGCGCCGGACAUUAGACCGGCAAAUUUUUUAUUUACUGGACAUUUAAGAUGUACCGGACCCAUAUGCAUUGGGUGGGUAACCUGAUUAGGGCAUCCACCCACGGUGCUCAGAAUGACAGAAAUCACAUUUAGAAUAUGGUAUAUAUUAAUAGAACAUGUAAGUCGAGGAUGCAACAAUGUGCGGUCCUUCUUACUGAAUUUUGAUGUGCACUUUCAACAUGUUAGAAUAACUGUCCACAUGUACUUUUCCUCAGCCAACAAGACAAGUAACAAACAGCUAAAUCACUAGCCAAUGUCAAUCUACCAUAGUAUAUACUUUUAGGCUACCUAUUCUAUUGGUCAGCUUGUUGAGAAAGAAAUAGCCUAUUCCAAACAGACUCUGGGACAGUUGUGGGACGAUUGAGGCCAAAUUCAUACAACCAGCAGGCCUAGGCUACAUAAAAACACCUGGUUAAAACCAAUGAGUCUGAUGCAACAGAUCAGAACCUUUAUCUUAAAAUGUUGAUAAACUAUUAUUUCUUCACAUUAUAAAUGCAGCAAUGCCUACAAGGCAGUAGGCUAUGUGUGAAUGUUCAUUCCAUAAUGCAAUUAGCGGGAAAACAGCGUUGUCAAAAGGGCACUGCACAUGCGAGUUGUUUCAUGUAACAGAGAAGACAAUAUCCGUUAGAAAUUUAGAAAGAGUGGAGAUCUAAUAGGCUACUUUGAAGCAAGGUAUGACAUGCCUCAUAAUAUGUAUUAAAACAUUAAGGUUUCAACCAAUGAAGUAUAUGUUUUCAAAAUACAUACUGCCUCCAGCUCAUUGCAAAGUGGUGUGUGACGCGCUGAUGAAGCCUGCCUUCCGUUGCAGUUUGAUGCCACGUUCAAAACAACUGGGAACUCGGAAAUCUCAGACUUCUGACUUCAUUGCGUUCAAGACAACUGGGGAAAAGACUAGCUCCAACUGGGGGGAAAAUUGUUUUGAACGGUCAUCCAACUCAGAAUUCCAACUCGAACUCUGGCCUCUUUCUAGACGUCAUAAUUUGACGCCGCAUUUUUCAGAGUUCCCAGUUGUCUUGAAAGCACCAAAAGAUACUGCUGCAGCAGCUCUUGCGCUGUCUGACAGAUUUACCAAUCAAAGGCUCUAUAUCUGUAUGCAGUACGCAUCUAAUAAAUAAGAUAGGCUACAUAUCGAAUAUACUGUACACACGCGCCAAUUUAAUUCCACUAAAUUAUGCAAAUUAACCUAGACCGAUAAGCAUGACCAGUCAAAUUACAUCGACUGGUAUUUCCAUCAAUGACUAGGCUAAAAAGUAUUAUUUCGAAGUAGAGAUUUUUUUCUGCUUCUCCCGGACAAUUGGCCGGCACCAAUUUUAUUUAUCAGAUUAUCAAUAUUUUUAAUGGACAAAAGCCGGUUGUUACCGGCUAACGGAAACUCUGCCACCCACUCUGCCCAGAGUGGGUGAAAAUGCACUUUGGUGAUGAAAUGUUACUUCCUUGUGUUAUAAAAUAAAUUUUACCAAGACAAAUAUGAUUCUUCAUGUUCUGAAUCGUUCAGUGGGGUCUUUCUCUAGCAUAUCAUUAAUGUUAUAUCCAAAAUGUCAGAUUUCGUAACCUAACAUAUCCGAUAAUAAGCACCGAGCUCUGUUGACAGAGCUCUGCCGCAUUCUCGCAUCGACUUUUGAGGAUUUUACAUGUUGUGGUGGUCGUCUGCAAAGUUGUUUCCACGGGUCGCAAAAUUAACAUGACAUGAGCCUAAUUAAAUGUAAAAGGCUUUGAAAAUAUAAAGAUUGCGGUACGCUCAGUGCUCCAUUGACAUUUCACAAAGAUACGCUUGUUUUUGUGACAGGAAUUUCGCAUGAAUAUGAAAAGCGUAUACUAAAAUAUGAAAAUACUACAUGUCAUGUCACAAAAUCGAUAUCUAUCUUACCUCUAUAUUGUUUUAUGUUCUCCGGAUUCGAGAAGAAAGAUGACGAGUUCAACGGUGAGCCUGUCAGUUAGCCUUAAUUCUCGCACAGAAUCCAGCCUAGCUGACGCAAUGCUAUUUUCCAGAUUUUUGACCACUUUUUUUCUCUGGCCUCUAUUGAAUUAUUCUCCCUAAUUUUGGCCAUCCUACAAGGGUAAAAACUCCAAUAACGUUUGAACAUGAUAGACAUGGAGCAUUGUUUUUCUUAGAGGAGUAUCUACACAAUUAACAUAUUGUUUUAUCCAUUGGUCCCCAUUUUUAUUUUAUUUUAUUGGACACCCUAUACAUUGGCCUUGUAGCUAAAUGUUGUGGUGUUUCUCCCACCUGUCCAUGUAGGCACACCAGAUGUGAAGCAAGAUGAGUCUCCACCGUUGACGCCUACAGGCAACGCCCCAUCGUCUGAGUCUGAGCUGGACAUCUCCAGCCCCAAUGCCUCCCACGAUGAGAGCCUGGCCAAAGACCCUGCCCUCAGAGACUCCGACAAGGACCUCUCCCACCGGCCCAAGCGCCGACGCUGCCAUGAGACCUACAAUUUUAACAUGAAGUGUCCCACGCCGGGAUGCAACUCACUGGGUAAGAUAAGUGAUCAUUUGGUUAGUGGCACCACUGCUAGUUUAGUGGAUGCUCAACAAUCUUGUUAUGAUUAUUUUGUUAUAUAUUUUUAUUGUUAUUAUUAUUUGUAUUUUUUAUUUUCUCCCUUAUUUCGUGAUGUCCAAUUGCGAUCCAAUUACGAACUUGUCUCAUCGCUGCAACUCCCCAAUGGGCUCAGUAGAGGCGAAGGUCGAGUCAUGCGUCUUCCGAAACAUGACCCGCCAAACCGUGCUUCUUAUCACCCACCCGCUUAACCCGGAAGCCAGCUGCACCAAUGUGUCGGAGGAAACACUGUUCAACUGACGACCGAAGUCAGCCUGCAGGCACUCGGCCCGCCACAAGGAGUCGCUAGAGCACGAUGAGCCAAGUAAAGCCCCCCCGGCCAAACUCUUCCCGGCCAAACCCACCCCUAAACCGGAUCAUCGCUGGGCCAUUUGUGCGCCGCCCUAUGGGACUCCCGGUCACGGCCGGUUGUGACACAGCCUUGGGUUCAACCCGGGUCUGUAGUGACACCUCAAGCACUGCGAUGCAGUGCCUUAGACCGCUGCGCCACUCGGGAGGCCCUAUGAUUAUUUUUAUGAAAUAUCUCUGGUCAAUCAAAUGUGUUCUCUGUAAACUCAAUGCUUUUCUGUCUCUCUUGUUUCUCACAGGACAUCUAACAGGGAAACAUGAACGGCAUUUUGCGGUAUCAGGAUGCCCACUUUACCACAACCUCUCUGCUGAUGAAUGCAAGGUACAUGUCAGAACAAUAUUUGCCAUUGGUUAUGUGUUUUUUGAGGUACAUUAACUUCAUUGUCUCGUACUAUGAGAGCUACAGAGAAUCAAACCCCCAAUAAAUGUAUUCAUCCUUUUUAUUGACAGGUGAAAGCAACCACUCGCGAGAAACACGAAGAAGAGACAAAGGUGCAGGAGGACAGCAACAGACACGCCACACGACACCAGGUCAAAUUAAUCAAAUUAAUCUUGAUACUUUUUAAGGUGAUACAUUUUAUCAUGUUGGAAGGGGGGAAAAAAGCUAAAAUCACAAUGAAAUCCUGUUGUGUCCACCAGACGCCCACGUCAAGACAGACAAGAUACAAAGAGCAGGUGACGGAAAUGAGGAAGGGCAGGAACUCUGGGCAGUCUAAGGAGCAGAAGGAGAAAUACAUGGUGAGACAUAUUCAAAUGACUAGAGGGACAAUUAUGUUUGCUAUGGAGAUCUUACAUUUUGGUAUCUUAGAAUUUUAAACGUAUUUCAAAAGUAGUUUUUUCAUAAGUAUUUACUUAGACUUUUGAAGCCCUUUAAAGUCAUUGGUAUUUUGUGAUGUUGUCAUGUAGACUUUGUUUAUUGACACAAUCAGCACUCCAUCACCCAACCGUUUUAUUUCUCCAUCUCGUCCACAGGAGCAUCGACAGAGCCACGGCAACACCAGAGAACCUCUUCUGGAGAACAUCACUAGUGAAUAUGACCUGGAGCUCUUCAGAAAAGCCCAGGCACGUGCAUCUGAAGAUCUGGUAAGAGAAAAACCUCAGUGCACCUACUUCCUUCAUUCAUAAUAAACCAAUAGUGAUAUAGAUUGUAUUGUAGAUAAGGUAAUCUUGGUUGUUUAGAAGAAUUUCAUAUUUCACCUCUCUUGUUUCGCACUUAUUGAAAACACCACAGGAGAAGCUGCGGAUCCAGGGCCAGAUCACGGAGGGCAGCAACAUGAUCAAGACCAUCCUGUUCGGCCGCUACGAGCUGGACACCUGGUACCACUCGCCCUACCCUGAGGAGUACGCCCGCCUGGGACGCCUCUACGUCUGCGAGUUCUGCCUCAAGUACAUGAAGAGCCAGACCAUUCUGAGACGACACAUGGUAAGAUAAUGAAGACCAGGCUUAUCACCUCUUAGGCUGGGGUUACACAAAGCAACUUUCACGUAAUUUUAGUUGCAGUUGCAGGUUACGAGUGACAUCCUCUCAAGCCACUUUGCUGAUACACAAAACAACUCAAAUGCGUUAUUAUUAUUAUUUUUUAUUUUUUUGUCACCUUUAUUUAACCAGGUAAGCCAGUUAAGAACAAGUUCUCAUUUACAACUGCGACCUGGCCAAGAUAAAGCAAAGCAGUGCGAUUAAAAACAACAACACAGAGUUACAUAUGGGGUAAACAAAACAUAAAGUCAAAAAUACAACAGAAAAUCUAUAUACAGUGUGUGCGAAUGUAGUAAGGCAAUAAAUAGGCCAUAGUGCAAAAUAGUUACAAUUUCGUAUUAACACUGGAAUGAUAGAUGUGCAAAAGAUGAUGUGCAAAUAGAGAUACUGGGGUGCAAAUGAGCUAAAUAAAUAACAAUAUGGGGAUGAGGUAGUUGGGUGGGCUAAUUUCAGAAUGGCUGUGUACAGGUGCAGUGAUCGGUAAGUUGCUCUGACAACUGAUGCUUAAAGUUAGUGAGGGAGAUAAGAGUCUCCAGCUUCAGAGAUUUUUGCAGUUCGUUGGCAGCAGAGAACUGGAAGGAAUGGCGGCCAAAGGAGGUGUUGGCUUUGGGGAUGACCAGUGAGAUAUACCUGCUGGAGCGCAGACUACGGGUGGGUGUCGCUAUGGUGACCAGUGAGCUAAGAUAAGACAGGGAUUUGCCUUGCAGUGAUUUAUAGAUGACCUGGAGCCAGUGGGUUUGGCGACGAAUAUGUAGUGAGGGCCAGCCAACAAGAGCGUACAGGUCACAAUGGUGGGUAGUAUAUGGGGCUUUGGUGACAAAACGGAUGGCACUGUGAUAGAUUACAUCCAAUUUGCUGAGUAGUGUUGGAGGCUAUUUUGUAAAUGACAUCGCCGAAGUCAAGGAUCGGUAGGAUAGUCAGUUUUACGAGGGCAUGUUUGGCAGCAUGAGUGAAGGAGGCUUUGUUGCGAAAUAGGAAGCCGAUUCUAGAUCUAACUUUUGAUUGGAGAUGCUUAAUGAGAUGCUUAAUGAUUGAAAUAGCAUGCAACAGCCAAUCAAAUUGAAGCUACUUUUGUCAUAUAUUUGGGAAUUCUAAACUCACCCAAUGUCAUCUGCUGUGUUACAUUGUGAUUUCACAAAUUAUUUGUUCAUCCAACGGGUUGGUUAUUGUAUAAGGAUCGAGUUAGAUAAAAAGCUGGCUGUACAAUUUAGCUAGCUAGCCAAAAUAAAAUUGCCAGCACUGUUUCAUCAAGCUAGCUAGCUAGCAACGAGCUAACCAAGCUAGCAACGAGCUAAGCCAACUAAUGCAGUUCAUGUUGGACAAUGUCAGUUGAAACUGGUCAGAGAGAGGUCUGGGUUAACCUAAGAAAUUACAUUUAUUGACUGCCAAACCAUGUACAUAAACCUUUACUAACCAUGGUGCCAAUAUUUAUUUAUACAGCUCCCGUUUGGCUAAUGUCUCUUCUGUCAACCUUGAUAGUGGUUCUCGCAGCACUGGUAGCUGUGUUGACAUGACAACAUAGGGUUCCGAACCUUGGAAUGGAUCAUGUGACAAAAUAUUUUGUUUUGAUUGGCUGUUUCUUUCAACUAGUUGCACAAAGUUGAAAUGUUUGCAACUGGAUGCAACCAAGUCGCAGAUUAAUUGCUUAUCAGUGGCAGGGGGUGUUACACAAAUAAAUCAAAAUACAACAUAGUUGCAAGCAACUAAAGCUGCUUCCAAUUUGCUACGUGUAACUACACCCUUAAGGUUUGAACAGACCACCAAGACUGUCGGCUGCAGUAUACCUCUGCCCAGAAUGUCAGUCAAUGCUUUUUUUUGUGUACACAUUAGUGAUGCGUGGGUUGACUCAUAACCCACAGUCCCUGCGGUUAUAUCUGUGUUGUGGGCGGGUUUGGGGUCAUUAAAUAUUGUGUGUAUGAAAGGUGGGUGGCUGGCGGGUUAAAUAAAGAGAAAAAAAUGCAUUAAAAAUUCAAAAUGUAUAAUUCUUGUGCAGUUCAUAUUUUUAGGCUACAUUUAGGUUUUUCUUUCAUCAUUUUUAUCUGUAGUUGGUGCGUAGGCCCUAAAGCUUAGGCUUAACUGUACGCGCACCAAAUACACACCAUUUGCUAAAUGCUUUUGGGAACUUGGGCAGAAAAAGUUAGUCGAUCCAAUUAUUAUUAUUAUGUUAUGUGUGAUGAUUGUGAGGCGCUAUACAGAUUGGACAGUCACAAGACGGGGAUUUCAAAUAUGGCAGGCCAAGGGAACUGUACUGUUCAGAUGGGUUAAAUGGAAUAGUAACUGAAAUCUGGACAUUGACUGUAGGUCUAUAACUGCUCACAUAGCCUAGUAUAACAUUAACUCCUGCAGAAUUAAGCAGUUCUUGCAGCAAAAUGUUACACCAAAUGUACAUUUUGACUCGGGAACAGGAGUGGAGAAAUAUAAUGUAUUUAUUUCAGAAUCUUGAGAGAAUGAAUGCGCGGUUAGGGAACGUAUCUAAAGGUUCUAUCUUUAUCAGCAUCAUAAAAGCUGAUAGUAUUUCAACCACAUAAAAUAUGCAUCCAAGCCGAACUAAAAUCUUAUCAGAAAUACGUUGUAGUGUUUUCACAGCUUUUAAUUCCCUUAAAACUGGUCAAACUAAUGCAGACCUGCCAACCUGCACGCAUUUUGCGUACCAUGCAUCGCAGUGCUAGCUGUGCCACUAGAGAUCCUGGUUUGAAUCCAGGCUCUGUCGUAGCCGGCCGCGACAGGGAGACCCAUGGGGCGACGCACAAUUGGCCCAGCGUCGUCCAGGGUAGGGGAGGGAAUGGCCGGCAGGGAUGUAGCUCAGUUGGUAGAGCAUGGCGCUUGCAACGCCAGGGUUGUGGGUUCGUUUCCCACGGGGGGCCAGUAUGAAAAUGUAUGCACUCACUAACUGUAAAUCGCUCUGGAUAAGAGCGUCUGCUAAAUGACUAAAAUGUAAAAUGUAAUUAAAUAUUAAACUGAUUAUGGCAGUAGGCAGAUUAUGCAAUAAUCAUAUAAUCACCUUACUCUGCUUAUCUUAAUCGGCAUAAGGUCAAAAUCGAAGUAAGAAUACGCCGAUUAAAACACCUGGUUUUCUGAGCAAUCUUUCAAAUUAUUAGGACAUGUAAACACCUUAAUCGGCGUCCAGCAGUGUAUUUGAUCUGAGCAUGUGCUAGCACCAGCCCAGCGAGCCUCCCUGUUUAGCGCGGAUGAAGUGUGUUUGGAACAACUGAAUGUAUGCGUCUUAGAAGUAGUUUUCGUAUACAAACUUUAUGUCCGAAAUCUGAAUAAAAAAUAACAUGUUCACUGUGGUAGAAUGUUUAUUUUGAUUGGCGAUUUUCUGCAUUUUCAGAGUGCCAUCAGGUAGCCUGAUUUCAGAUGUGUCCAUGUAAACGGAUUAUUAGGGAAAUCGUUCUUCUUGCAAAGCAUGUAAACGUUUUAAUCGAACUAUUAUAUUAAUCUGACUAUCCACAAUAAUCGUAUUAUUGUGUGCAUGUAACUGCACUCUUUGCGUGUCUUGACCAAUCAGAUUCACAGAAAUCGCAGGUCGCGCGGGCGUGGCAAAACACACAAAGUGCGCUCUCCACUUUCCUCUGGUAUUUAUUUAGCAAGCGGAUAACACAUAAUUCCCGACAGACACAAGCAAAAACUCGUACAUAAAUGUAGACGCCUAUACACCUAAACAUUAGCGAUCUGACAUGCUGUAUUGCAUGGAAACGAGACGAUUUUUCAGUCUGAUCAAUUGUAGGCUACUAACAACAGCUGCUGCAUAGUCUAGCCCAGGGUUCCCCAAACUCGGUCCUGGGCACCAUCCUCCUCAAGGCCAGGAGUAAAAAACAACAACAUAUGACCUGAUUAGGAAAAACUCUAGUCCCAUCAUAGCCCAUAUUAAACCUUUUUACAACAGAUUAAUCACAUCAUACCGUAUAAGGUCCGGGGUUUUACCUGGGUAGGUUAUCAGAUCAGGAAAAACUACGCGCCCCAGAAUAUUUGUUUUGCCACAUCACUCUUGGAUUUGUGGUGCCAUCUCUGACUAUUUUCCUCCCUCGAGCUGGAUGGCAGCCCUCCACUUCGUCCAUUGAUAUCACUGAUGUGUGAGAAAAAAGGGUAGGGAAAUGGAGAACGAACUGUUUGCGAAAUACAUUUUCUGAAAUUGUAUGUGUUAGUCAAGCACAACCACUAUUUCAGAGUUAGCUCCUAAGCCAAGGUGUCAUUACGAAGAAGGUAGUUAGCUACAGCGUUUAGUCAACGAAGCGAAAGCACUUUCUUGCCCGCACAUGCUUCAAUCUCCGCAACCGUAGGAGGCGCGAGCGCAUGACAAGCAAGAAAACGUGCAGUGUUGUGGUAGUUCAGUGUGCAUCGCUGCCUGGAUGGAAACAGACUGUUCCGCUAAUACGACCUUCACAGUAAGUUAUGUUAGACUGUGAAAGAUUAGUAGGCCUAUGUUAAUUAAUCAGUUGAUCUGUCCUCUUGAUAUAGCUGUAUGUCAACAGUAGAUUGCUAAUGAUGUGAUAAUAGUCAGUUCACCAAUGACGAGGCAUGUUGAAUGAAUGGUAGCCUAGUAGUCAGACCUAAUUUGAUGGAUUAGGUCAGGGAUGGAAAUCUGGAACAAGGGAUAGGGAUGGAAAUCUGGAACAUAUAGGCGUAGUUCAGUUGUUUCAUAAUAUUCUAAAUAGCCUACAGUAAACUAGACUACUACAUUGCAUCCAGUAAUUGAAUUAUUCAUAAAAAAAUGUUUUAUGUCAGUUUACAUUUUCACUAGACUAUCUACAUAUUGACACCUAUUAAUUAGAAUAAUCAUUACCCCUAAAUUUUACCUAGAAAAAUGUGUAAUUGAGACCACCUCAAUUUAAUUUAGGAUAAAAAAUAUAAAAAAAGCUUCUGUGUUGGCUAAAUUAUUUGAUAGAAUUUAAGAAAUGGCAGUUACAGGCUUUAAAAAAAUGAAAAAUGCUCCAAUUUCCUGAGGGGGAAGUUGACUGACCCCUCCUGCCCUCCCCCUACCCAACCUUAAGCCUACAUCAGCACCACCUUGUCAGAAAAUCCUAGGGAGAGCCCUGAUUGUGCAUCUAAACAUAUUUCUUGUUUGCUGCUGAAGAACAGCUAAUUACCAAGUACCCAUAACAGUCUGUAGCCUACCAUUCCUACUGAGAGUCUUCUGCCAACAUCAUUAUUAGGCUAAAAAAGGUGCAUUGCCUAUGCUUUGAGCAGUGUGGGUGUCGCAAGUGCGCCGUCGUGGGGUCCUGUGGUGCCGCCACUGCACUGAAGUGGUACUCAUCAAAAAUAUUCAAGGUUGGCAGGUCUGCUGAUGUCAUUUGAAAAUGUCGCACGGAGAAUCUUUCCACUUCUUUUUGUUGUUAUUGCAUUUUCUCCCUGGGUCUCUAAACCUAUUUGCUGCGUGAGAGAAGCAGCGAUAAAAGAGAACUUUACCGAUGUCAACUAGAUUGAAUAAUUCAUUUUAUUGAUGCAGGGCAACAAGUAAUGACAGAAGGGAAGCUGCAUGUAUCUAAUUAUAGACAAGUUUAUCAAAUAGCCUACCAAAAUGUUGAAAAUUAUAAGCAGAAACAUAGGCCUAUCUAAAUAAAUAAUCAUAAAAAUCCCGCACCCCCUGUCAAAAAAUAGCUCCAGCAUCUCUGACUGUACAGCGCAUUUUCUCUAUUUACGGGUUAGGGUCGGGUGCGGGCCUGAGCUUUUCACUUUAUCACAUAUAGUCGGGCGGUUGCUAGGGGUUAUUAGCAAUUGCGGGUGAACAAACAGCUGAUCCGUGCAUCACUAAUACAUACAGUAUUCACACCCCUUGACUUUAACCACAUUUUGUUGCGUUACAGCCUGAAUUUAAAAUGGAUUCAAUUGAAAAAAUUGUGUCUCUUGCCUACACACAAUACCCCAUAAUGUCAAAGUGGAAUUAUGUUUUUUUUUUUUUGGGGGGGGGGGGGGGGGGGGGGCAAAUUAAUAAAAAAUUAAAAGCUGAAAUGUCUUGUGUCAAUAAGUAUUCAACCCCUUUGUUAUGGCAAGCCUAAAUAAGUUCAGGAGUAAAAAUGUGCUCAAUAAGUUGCGUGGACUCACUCUGUGUGCAAUAAAUCUGUAACGUCCCUCAGUCGAGCAUUGAAUUUCAAACACAGAUUCAACCACAAAGACCAGGGAGGUUUUUUCCAAUGCCUCGCAAAGAAGGGCACCUAUAAAAUAAAAAAAAGCAGACGUUGAAUACCCUUUGAGCAUGGUGAAGUUAUUAUUUACACUUUGGAUGGUGUAUCAAUACACCCAGUCACUACAAGGAUACAGGUGUCCUUCCUAACUCAGUUACUGGAGAGGAAGGAAACCGCUCAGGGAUUUUAACAAUGGUGACAGAGUUUAAUGGUUGUGAUAUGAGAAAACUGAGAAUGUCUCAACAACAUUGUAGUUACUCCACAAUACUAACCUAAUUGACAGCGUGAAAAGAAGGAAGCCUGUACAGAAUACAAAUAUUCCAAAACAUGCUUCCUGUUUGUAACAAAGCACUAAAGUAAUACUGCAAAAAUUUGGCAAAGCAAUUAACUUUUUGUCCUGAAAACAAAGUGUUAUGUUAGAGGCAAAUGCAAUACAACACAUUACUGAGUACCACUCUCCAUAUUUUCAAGCAAUAGUGGUGGCUGCAUCAUGUUAUGGGUAAGCUUGUAAUCGUUAAGGACUGGGGAGUUUUUCACGAUAAAAAGGAAAUGGAAUGGAGCUAAACACAGGCAAAAUCCUAGAGGAAAACCUGGUUCAGUCUGCUUUCCACCAGACACUGGGAGAUUAAUUCACCUUUCAGCAGGACAAUAACCUAAAACACAAGGCCAAAUCUACACUGGAGUUGCUUAACAAGAAGAUAGUGAAUGUUCCUGAGUGGCAGAGUUACAAUUUUGACUUAAAUCUGCUUCAAAAUCUAUGCCAAGACCAGAAAAUAGUUGUUUAGCAAUUAUCAACAACCAAUUUGACAGAGCUUGAAGAAUUUUGAAAAGAAUAAUGGGCAAAUGAUGCACAAUCCAGAGGAGGAAAGCUCUUAGACUUACCCAGAAAGACUCAAAGCUGUAAUUGCUGCCAAAGAUGAUUCUAACAUGUAUUGACUACUUAUCUAAUCAAGAUAUAUUAGUGUUUUAUUUAUUAUAGAUUUUUUACAAAUGUAAGAAUUUGACUUCCACUUUGAUAUUACAGAGUAUUUUGUGUAGAUCGUUGACAAAAAAGGACAUGCAUUUUAAUCCCACUUUGUAACACAACAAAAUCUGGAAAAAGUAAAGGGGUGUGAAUACUUUCUGAAGGCACUGUAGCGCUGUACAUCGGCGGUCAGGCUGGUUAAAAUACUCCAGGCCAGAAGGUGGCAGUAGCGUUGCUUUCGCGGUGUUUCCAUCGGCAUAUCAAAGAUAAUUUUCCCCCAUCAUUUUCCUACAUAUACUGAACAAAAAUAAAAAACGAUUUUACUGAGUUACAGUUCAUAUAAAGAAAUCAGUCAAUUUAAAUAAAUGUAUUAGGCCCUAAUCUAUGGAUUUCACAUUACUGGGCAGGGGCGCCGCCAUAGGUGGGCCUUGGAGGGCAUAGGCCCACCCACUGGGGAGCAAGGCCCAGCCAAUCAGAAUGAGUUUUUCCCAACAAAAGGGUUUUAUUACAGACAGAAAUACUCCUCAGUUUCUUCAGCUGUCCGGGUGGCUGGUCUCAGACGAUCCCGCAGUUGAAGAAGCCGGAUGUGGAGGUCCUGGGCUGGCGUGGUUACACGUGAUCUGCGGUUAUGAGGCCGGUUGGACCUACUUAUGGUAGAGAAAUGAACAUUGAAUUAUCUGGCAACAGCUCUGGUGGACAUUCCUGCAGUCAGCAUGCCAAUUGCACGCACCCUCAAAACUUGAGACAUCUGUGACAUUGUGUUGUGUGACAAAACUGCCUUUUAUUGGUAUUUUAUUGACCCUAGCACAAGGUGCAACUGUGUAAUGAUCAUUCUGUUUAAUCGGGGAUGCAAACAAAUUUGUGCACAACAUUUUAGAGAAGCUUUGUGCGUAUGGAACAUUUCUGGGAACUGUUAUUUCAGCUCAUGAAACAUGGGACCAACACUUUAUUUACAUGUUGCAUUUAUAUUUUUGUUCAGUAUACAUCACUCCUGUGUGUCAUUGAUUUAAAUUAUUAUAAGGUUGUAAAUAUCAGACUGGGUGAGGGGGCCUUUAAUUGGGUUUGAAUGAGCAAAUCAAUAGUGUUGUCUCCCUGUGUGUUUGUUAGGCCAAGUGUGUGUGGAAGCAUCCACCCGGAGAUGAGGUCUACAGGAAGGGAGCCAUCUCUGUCUUUGAGGUGGACGGCAAGAAGAACAAGGUGAGGGGCCUAUUCAUUUUCUCUAACCCUGGACUCAUACUUUACUUUCUGUCAGUUUUUUUCUCAAAAUAUGUAUAUUGGUCUAAAGAGCAAAUACAUAAUCAUGGUUAAAAAAUGUUUUGUCAUGUCUCACAUUUCAGCCUAUGGUACCUAACCACAGGGAUGCCUGGCACUCCUAUAAAACAAGCUGCAUUAUCUCUGGCGAGGCCUUUGGGGAAUUUAAAUGGUGUGGUUUCCUUUUCCAGAUCUACUGCCAGAACCUGUGUCUACUCGCCAAGCUCUUCCUGGAUCACAAGACGCUGUACUACGACGUGGAACCCUUUCUGUUCUACGUCAUGACUGAGGCAGACAACACAGGCUGCCAUCUGGUGGGAUACUUCUCUAAGGUAAAAAAAGAAAAAAAGACCAAGGGACCCACCCACUGUACUCCUUCCACAUUGGUAGUGGUUGCCUGUAUAUAUUCAGAGCUGUAUCCCUGUAAUGCUUAGAGAAGAUGUCAUUUCAAGUGUUAUUGAAGUGUUGUGGUUGCAGGUUCACCUGCCUCAUCUAAAGCCUAUUAUUUUGGGGUGUUGCUAUAGGCCAACAAGUGCUAACAGUCAGUUUCUAAAUAAUGUGUGUGAAAUGCGUGAUAGUGUAUGUGAUGUAAACAGAGAGGUCUACUUUCUUGGGGACCUGAAUAUUGACUGGUUUUCAUCAUGCUAACUGCUCAAGAGGAAGCUUCUCACUGUAACCAGUGCCUGUAAUCUGGUUCAGGUUAUUAAUCAACCUACCAGGGUGUUUACAAACACUACAGGAACAAGAUCAUUCACAUGUAUUGAUCACAUUUUUACUAAUACUGUAGAACUUUGUUCUAAAGCGGUAUCCAUACCCAUUGGAUGCAGUGAUCACAAUAUAGUGGCUAUAUCCAGGAAAGCCACAUUUCCAAAAGCUGGGCCUAAAAUAGUGUAUAAGAGAUCAUACAAAAGAUUUUGCUGUGACUCAUGUGGAUGAUGUAAAAAAUAUUUUAUGAAAUUGCUUCUUCCAAUUAUUGAUGAACAUGCACCUGUUUAGAAAUGGACUGUUAGAACUGUUAAGGCUCCAUGGAUUGAUGAGGAAUUGAAAAACUGUAUGGUUGAAAGAGAUGGGGCAAAAGGAGUGGCUAAUGAGUCUGGCUGCACAUCUGACUUACUGCAAAUUGAGAAAUGAUGUGACUAAACUCAACAAAAUAAGAAGGGACUGUAUUAUGAAGCCAAGAUCAAUGAUAUAAAGAAUGAUGGAAAAAAAGUACUUUAAAUUAAAUUAUGGGCAGAAAGACUAAUUCAAAUUAUUGUUAUCGAUCAAUAAUGACAAACCUCCUGGCAUUGACAACUUAGAUGGAAAGCUACUGAGGAUGGUGGCUGACUCUAUAGCCACUCCUAUCUGUCAUGUCUUUAAUAUGAGCCGAGAGGAAAGUGUUUGUCCUCAGGCCUGGAGGGAAGCCAAAGGCAUUCCGCUACCCAAGAGUGAUAAAGCGGCCUUUACUGGUUCUAAUAGUAGACCUAUCAGCUUGCUGCCAGCUCUUAGCAAACUGUGGGAGCUGUACUGUUAGAUUUCAGUGCAGCCUUUGAUAUUAUUGACCAUAACCUGUUGUUGAGAACGUAUGUUUUAUGGCCAUUCAACCUCUGCCAUAUUGUGGAUUCGGAGCUAUCUAUCUAAUAGAACUCAGAGUUUUUUUUUUAUGGAAGCUUCACUAAUGUCAAACAUGUAAAGUGUGGUGUACCACAGGGCAGCUCUCUAGGCCCUCUACUCUUUUCUAUUUCUUACCAAUGACCUGCCACUGGCAUUAAACGAAGCAUGUGUGUCCAUGUAUGCUGAUGAUUCAACCAAAUACGCAUCAGCAACCACAGCUAAUGAAGUCACUGAAACCCUUAGCAAAGAGUGCAGUCAGUUUUGGAAUGGGUGACCAGUAACAUCUCUAAAACUAAGAGCAGUGUAUUUGGUACAAAUCAGUCCCUAAGUUCUAGACCUCAGCUGAAUCUGGUAAUGGAUGGUGUGGCUGUUGAACAAGUUGAGGAGACUAAAUUACUUGGUGUUUCCUUGGAUUGUAAACUGUUAUGUUCAAAACAUACAGAUUCAAUGGUUGUAAAGAUGGGGAGAGGUCCGUAAUAAAGAGAUGCUCUGCUUUUUUGAAACCACACUCUACAAAGCAAGUCCUGCAGGCUCUAGUUUUAUCUUAUCCUGAUUACUGUCCAGUCAUAUGGUCAAGUGCUGCAAAGAAAGACCUAGUUAAGCUGCAGCUGGCCCAGAACAGAGCGGCAUGUCUUGCUCUUCAUUGUAAUCAGAGGGCUAAUAUGAAUACUAUGCAUGCCAGUCUCUUGGCUAAGAGUUGAGAAAAUACUGACUGCAUCACUUCUUGUUUUUUAUAAGAAACAUUAAUGUGUUGGAAAUUCCAAAUUGUUUUCAUAGUCAACUUACAUACAGCACUGACACACACUUACCCCACCAGGCAUGCUACCAGGGUUCUUUUCACACUCACCAGGUCCAGAACAAGUUGAAGUAAACAUACAGUACUAUACAGAGCCAUGAGUGCAUGGAACUCCCUUCCAUCUCAUAUAGAGCAUGUGAACAGCAAACCUGGUUUAAAAAAACAAAUAAAGCUACAGCUCACGGCACAAUGCCUCUCCCACAUGUGACCUACUUGUUGUGUAAAUGUACUGACAUGUAUGUGUAACUGAAUAGAUGCACAUACGCACGCUACAUUUAAAUGUUUUUAAAUGUAUGUCAAUUGUAAAGUAUUUUGUCUGUAAUGUUUUUUAUGUUAUGUGUCGGACCCCAGUAAGACUAGCUGUUGCCAUUGGCGUCGGCUUAUGGGGAUCCUAAUAAAUCAAAUCUGUCUCCCAUAACGUUUUGAUACGGUUUAUGAUAGCGCUUUGUUUUUUAUUACGGAAUUCUCUGUCAUUACUUUAGCUUUAAAGAUGAGACUCAUACACAUAUUCUGUGUUCUUACAGGAAAAGAACUCUUUCCUCAACUACAACGUCUCUUGCAUCCUGACAAUGCCCCAGUACAUGAGACAGGGCUAUGGGAAGAUGCUGAUCGACUUCAGUAAGUCGCUAUAGGCAAUUUUUUACCCCUGUUCUCUCUUAUUAGUGCAAGGUUGUUCAUUGCAACUACAGCCAGGUGGAAGUUCCAGAUGCAGAUUAUUUUAUUAAACCCCCAGGAAUGAAAACACAGGGUAUUGGUGAUUAAAUACACAGUCAACACUGAAAGGGCUGACACAGAAUUCUGCCGCUUUAAUAUGCCCUGAAAGCAAGUUCUUUGUGUUUACAUUAUGUGGCUAUUAGGGCUGGGUGAUAUGGCCUAAAAGUCAGAUUUGUAAUUUUUAUUUUAUUAUUAUUAUUAUUAUUAUUAUUUAUUAUUACUUAUGGGCGAUUCACGAUAUAUAUACAAAAAUUAUUUUAAAAAUCCUAAAAUAAGCUUUGUUUUACAAUUUAAAGGUAAAAUACACUGCUUUUCAAACAGUCAGCAAUAAUCUAAAAUUAAACCUAGGCUCAAUAUAAGCUUUCCACAACCAUAAGACCCACUAAUUGUUUAAUUAUUUUAUCAAAAUAGUUGAACCUGCUUUUUUGCAAUAAUUACUGAUCUGGCUUUCAAGUAUGUCUAUGAAAAUGCCAGUUUUCUUACAAAUGUACAUGCCCAAAUUCCCCACUAAUAAUGACCAACUUCUUGUAGCAGGCAUUAUAGAAAAUCUUGAAGACGGACAGGGUGUGUUCAUAACUGUCUACCUUGUUAGCUAGCUAAUAGACCCAAGUUGGCUAGAUUUUAUAUAUAAAGAUUAGCGGGCAUUACAGGUCUCACAAACAAUCUCUCAAGCACGAGCCCACGUGCUAGUGAGUAGUCAGCUAAUCUUUAUAUUUCAAGUCUAGCCAACUUGGAUCUAUUAGCUAGCUAACAAGGUAGAACAGUUGAACUGCUAUGAACACACCCUGUCCGUCUCCAACUGUUUGAACAGCAUGCUAGCCUGUCCACUUUGAUUAGAUAUUGAAAUCAAGUGGCCUACCUGGAUAAGAAGAUGCUCAUUUCUCAGAAUGAGAAUGAGUUGCCAAUUCCUUAUAUAAAUGCGUCUUUUUAUGCUUGGUGUAUGAUUGGGAAGGUGCAUUUUCAAUUUCGCGCUUAAACAUCAAUUCGAUUUCAUCAAAUGAAUUUGGUAUAACGCCCAGCCCUAGUGGCUAUUGCAGUAGAACAAAACUACAGUUAAUUUUGAGGUUUUGCUUUUCUCCACCAGGUCUCAUUGCUAUUUUAGUGCAGUCCAUCUCAUUGUUUAUUAGAACUGCUAUUGACCACCCUGCCUGCCCUAUCCCCUUUCUGUAGGUUACCUGCUGUCCAAGGUGGAGGAGAAGGUGGGCUCCCCGGAGCGGCCCCUCUCGGACCUGGGCCUCAUCAGCUACCGCAGCUACUGGAAGGAAGUGCUGCUGCGCUACAUGUACAACUUCCAGGGCAAGGAGAUCUCCAUCAAAGGUGACAGAGAGGACUUUACAUAGAACUUAAUUUUUGCACAAAAAAAUGGUGUCCUUAAUGCCACACUUUACUGUGCUGAGAGGAUUUGGAAAGAAUCUACAAUUAGUUUAGGGUCAAAGGUGAGGGUUGAAAAUGACGCUGUCAAAUUAUGUAGCUUGUUCAGGUUACACACACUCACGCACAUACGUAAUCUCCAAAGUGUUCCCUUUCAAUUGCUACUAUGGUUAUGCAUAUCCUUCUCAUAUUUAUUCUGUUACAAACAUUAUAAUUUGGGCCUGUCCAUAUAGGCCAAUUCUCCUCAUAACUAAUUUGUCUCUAGGCGCAUCCAACUGCUUAACAUGCAAUAAGCACUUUAAACCUGGGAAGACUACCCUUUAUUUUGCCCAGUUUUUAGCAAGUAUUUGCUGUAACUUGUGUGUAUGUAGCCUUAUCUGUUUUAUGUGGUUGAUGUCAUGUUGUCUGUAAAUGUUGAUGAUUUAAUGUUGUUAAUUAUGUGGCUUCAAGUUAGCCUAAAUUUCAUUUGAAAACAUUAGCAGAUUUUCUACCAAGCAUUUGAAUGGUUAGGAAUAGCAUAUGAAAUGGAACACUCUUGGCAGGAUUCUCUUUUUUGAAUGUGUGUUAUGUUUGUGUUUGUUCAGAGAUCAGCCAGGAGACAGCCGUGAACCCAGUGGACAUUGUCAGCACCCUGCAGUCCCUGCAGAUGCUCAAGUACUGGAAGGGAAAGCACCUCGUCUUGAAGAGACAGGUACUGUAUGUGACCCCUUCACGAAGAAGGUGUGUGUGUCAUGACAAUAUCAACAUUGGUUAAUCCUUUGCACACUGAUCCCAUAUAUGGGAUCCAAAUGGGUGAUUUGGUCACUGAUAAGUGUUUAAAUUGGAACGCUGUGGCUACAGCAACAUACUAUAAAUUACAUAUGCGUCUCCGCUUCACAGCGAUGUAUAGCUUUCAAAUUACAGAUGUUUUAAACGGGACCACCACCCGUUACAAAUGUGCUUGCUUCAGUUCCUCCAAAGGCACAACCAGGAGAUCAAAAAAAUUGAAAUCAAAAAUAUUUGAGACAUAAAAGUGUAUUGAUAUUACUGCACACACGUUGGAGAGGUGUGUGUGGCCAUUUGGAGACACCAGUUAGACAUUUCUCUCAAACCCUUGUAUUUUUUGUCUUGUCAUGUUGUAUCUCCCACAAAUUUUGGCAUGAAUAUUCUUGUUAUAUUAUUUAACUAUUUCCAGAUUUCGUUAUCGACAAAUGAUUGCAAAAAGUACAGUAAAGGUAAAAUGCACAUAAAAUCAACAGUGUAAUGUUUGAACUGUCCUCACCUUUGUUCCCUUUCAAUUGCUACCAUGGUUAUACAUAUUUUUUUGAGCAUUUCAAUUUGUUCGUGCGUGCGUGCGACAUGACAACAUCCCAUUCGGCUCAGUUUGUCAGUUAAGACCCUACGAUUCUCUUCUCUUAAGUAAGUUGUCCCUAGGUGCAUCAAACUGCUCAACAUGCACUAGACUAGGCACUUUAAACCUGGGAAGGAGAAGUCCUGUGGACAUUUGAGCUAUCCUUUGCACUGUAUUUAUCAUGUGUUUGCUGUAGUUUGUGCGUAUGUAACCCUUUCUAUCUGUUUUAUGUGGUUGUCAUCUAUGUUAUGUGGGUCUGUAAAUGUUGAUGAUUUAAUGUCGUCUUUGACUCAGUGCUCUUGAAUCUGAGGCAAAUUCCUGUAAAAGGCCAAUAAAUGAUUUGAACUCCCCCUUACAGGACCUGAUCGAUGAGUGGAAAGCCAAGGAGACGAAAAGAGGCAGCAACAACAAAACCAUUGACCCCAGUUCGUUAAAAUGGACCCCGCCCAAAGGGACAUAGGCUAAAGGCUCACAAGUGAGCCACCUAAUAAACUCUUCUUUCUUCUAUCACUCCUGCCAGGAUAGGGGUCCUAUCAGCUAUCAAUACCACAGUCUUCUUUCUUCUAUCACUCCUGCCAGGAUAGGAGUCCUAUCAGCUAUCAAUACCACAGUCUUCUUUCUUCUAUCACUCCUGCCAGGAUAGGAGUCCUAUCAGCUAUCAAUACCACAGUCUUCUUUCUUCUAUCACUCCAUCCACCCUGUAUAGCUGCCCUUUGCUAGGUUUUUCUUGUGUCUGGAGGAACUCUCUUCCCCUGUUUUACAUUUCGACUCGUAUUUAUAUUUUAGUAAUUCGUCACCAUUCAAUCAAUUCUUGGCUUAAAUAUUGUUAAACAAUGAAAGUUAGAGAAUUUCAGUUGAUGACUUUUGUUUUAAACAAUCCACCUAAAUAAAGAUAAGCUACGAAUGUAUUUACACCACCGUCGGAGCUUUGUACCGAAAGCUCCGACUCUAGUGGACCGCAUAAUGAAUGUUUUGCUUUGUCCACAAAAAAAAUACAUACUUCUGACCUGCUGCAGCAUUCCUGGCUUUUUCUUUUAUUUCAUUCAACACAGUGGCAGUUGUUUGCAGAGACAAGUGCAUUUUUUGGGAUAGAAUAUACCAUAAUCAUCGGCAUGAACUUUGAUACCUUAAAGACAUAGCUUUUUUUCUUACAAGUAUGAGAUACUGUUGUUUCUUUUUUUUUUAUGCGUUGAUAUCAAAAUUGUAUAGAUCAUGUAAACAUUCAAAUCUGAAUCUUUUUUUCUAGCUUUAGUAAUACGGGAUUUGGUCCCAUGCCUCUUGUCAAUCUGCCAAAUGAAGAAAUACAAAUAGCACAUAAUACACGUUAAAAUGUUUGGUUUGCAUUUAGUCAACAUAAAGACAAGUUUUACAUAUAUAUUUUACAUUUAAAAAUGUAAAAUGUAAUACAAGUUUUACUGUGCAAACCACAUUACAAUGUUACAAAGUGCUCUCAGGUUUUAACCAUAACAUCAAUAUAUAAGAAAUACCUGGUUGUGUGUGUGAUCCCUCGGCAAUAUCGAUCGCAGUGCUUGUAGCAUCUGGAAUAAUUUUCGUGAACGAUUC